UGCUUUGUACGGAAAUUUCCAAUAAACAAAUCGGUCGUUCAAUUUGUAUUAAUCCGCGGAGUUCGCAAAUCAAGUUUGCUCAGAUUGCUAAACGAUAUUCCACUCAAAGUGACCGAUAUACAGAUAUAAUUGUUUGAACAGUGGCAUGGUUCGGUUUACACAAACCAGUGAGCAAAUGCACGCAAAGAGAGCAAAUGCAUAAUUUAUUCGGACUCGUGGAAUCGAUGUGCGUAUCAGUCGAUCGCGUUUGCUUAGGGCUUAGGGAAUGGCUUCGUUCUUGGCUUCUUGGCGAAUUAUCCGUCACGCAUAAGCACAGUCGUGCGAUUUUUUGCGCCACGUGCCACGUCCGAGUCAAUUUGAUCCUCGUAAUCAUUUGUAUCCGCGUAAUUGUUACAAAUUAUUACAGAUUCGAAUAUACAGAAAGGUUUUUGCCGACUCUCAAUGGAAUUGCGAUCGGGCACGCGAUCGGUGCGCGAAUGACACUUUAUUAUGUUCUAACACAACAUCAGAUAAAUUGUAGUGCGGCAGGAAUAACUACUGAUAUGUACACUUUUAUCUGACAUUUAAACUAAAUGACUAUCCUCUUCGCCGCAGUUGGUACGAUACGAAGGAAACGCAGUGCGAGUGCAACCGCAAAAUGUAUCGGAUCCGGGAUCGUUGUGUAUCAUACUCGAUCUACCGAGCUGACUCGUGAAAUCGAUCGGAUCUGUCGAUGAUCGUCGAUUUGCGCUAAGCAGUCGCAAGACGAAGAAUGUUUUGCAAGCCCGACCUAUCCUUGAUCCUAGGUCUGAUUGUCCUCGUAUGGACGACAUUCGAUCUCGCGUCGUGUCAACUGAUCAGGCCGGUUUACGUGUAUGAGGGCCUGAUCAAAGGUAUCCGUGACUUCUUCAAUAACACGUGUAUCAUACUUCUGCACAACACUCCAAAUCCUAUUGAGACGCAGGGACUCACGGAAAGCGAAGGCUUGAUGGUUCUUCAGAAAUACCUGAGCAUGACUCAUCACAUACGCACCACCUUCAUGGAUUUUCAUAUGUUCAGCACACGAGUCGGGCAAACUUAUUUUCACAUCAAGAGACCUUUGUUCGUCCUGCUAAACGACUAUGAAGAUACAAGGGAUGGCUUUGCGCAUCAGAUUUCAACGUGGAUCACGAUGGCUUAUCCCACUUGGCUGGUAUUCUUCAGUAACGGGACAAAAUUCGCGGACUUUUUCUUCGAGAUUUACGUGCCGUUUGAUUGUAAGUUCAUGGUGGCUCAGAGUAGCGCCAACGUAAACGACACAGAGAUCAUCACUGAAGUUUAUCAAGUUGACAAACGGAAAGAACUGAGAUCCAUGCAGUUCGGCAUAUGGGACGUAAGGAAUGGUCUGAAGGGCCCUACGCGUGGCCUAUUUUUAAGAAGGAACAAUCUUUUCGGCCAGAAUAUACGCGUUGCGUCGGUCCAGGACCCUCCUAUCAGUAUAUUUCAUCGUAACGAACGGAAUGAGAUAACAGGAAUCAGUGGUUUUUUCGGGCAAGUGAUACUGCUGUUACAGGAAGCAUUGAAUUGCACAUUCACUUACAAGGAGGCUGAAUCGUGGGGUAUGUGUCUAUCAAGCGGCUCGUGUACGGGUGCAAUUGGGAUGUUGAUAAACAAUGACGUCGACUUCGCGGCGACGGAGUUCAUGAUGACCUCGGAUAGAUUAGAUGCCAUCAGUUUUACAACGCCCAUUUACACGACCAAAUGUCGUGCGUAUAUUAAAAGGCCUGCUACGUCUGACCUAAAAUGGGAUGCUUACACGGCACCAUUCUCCGCGAACAUCUGGGGCAGCAUCGGUUUUUUCAUCGUACUUACAAGCGGAUUGAUCGUGUUCAUUCAGAGACUAUUUGCAUUCGCGUCCCCGUAUCUUAAAAAUGACGACCGUUCGAGAUUUACAGAAAAUGUGUUUUUCGUCCUAGGAGCGUUUUGCAGUCAAGGUAUGGCACAAUCGACGCUGGAUCCCGUGAGAAUGGUGCAUUUCGUAAUUCACCUUUCGGCCGUCGUGAUACUAGCCGCGUAUUCCGCUGCCUUAAUUAGUUUCCUUGCUGUUAAAACGUUCAUCAUGCCCUUCACGACAAUGGACGGCCUUCUGAAAGAUGGGACCUAUCGUUUCGGCGUGGUCCGUGAUUCGGCCGACUAUAGUUUCUUCAAGGUGAAAUCAUCGUGGAAAUCGGUCGAGAUCGGCGACAUAAUACCUCUGUUGCUCCUCAUAAUCGCCGCGUUGCUCAUUAGCUUUUUUGUCUGCGCUAUGGAGCGCGUUAUUUUCAACAAUUUUUCCAAACGAGUCAAGCUAAGAAUGAAUAACCCACAAUUGAAUAUGUUACAUCGUUAG